UUGGCACAUUGUGCUUCACACCUCUCUUCCUUCCUGUUGGAUCCAGGACAUUGUGGAAAGACCUUUGCCAUUUUGAAGAGGUUCCUUAGUUCCGCUGUUCCGGACGCUGAUUGGCUCCUCAUCGUCGACGACGACACCCUGAUCAGUUUGCCACGGUUACGCAGUCUGCUGCGUUGCUAUGACGCCACAGAGGCUGUGAGCCUGGGCGAGCGCUAUGGCUACGGCCUGGGACAGAAAGGGUACAGCUACACCACUGGGGGAGCCGGCAUGGUGUUCAGCAGAACAGCGGUGGCCCGGAUCCUCUCCAGCGGCUGUAGCUGUUACCAUGACGACGCUCCGGACGACAUGGUGCUGGGGAUGUGUCUCACCGCGCUGAACGUCCCCAUCACACACAGCCCCCUGUUCCACCAGGCCCACCCCGAGGACUACCCCCCUGCCUGGCUCUCCAACCAGCGGCCGAUCUCCUUCCACAAGCACUGCACCACGGACCCUGUGGCCGUGUUCACACACUGGCUGCAGGACCGCCACGACCGCCACGACCGCGCUGAGCUCUAGUGCCGUGUGUGUGUGCGUGUGUGUGCGUGUGUG